AUGCUUCUCAAGCGUCAAGAAUCAGAGGUUCUCUCAGGAAAAAUGGCAAGUUCUGGCAAUGACUAUCCUACAAUAUCUAUGAUGAUCAGCGGACAACCAGACAACCUUACCGCACAAUUUCUCCAAGUCCACCACGACUACCACCGCCGAGAAUUGCUCACAGCCGUCCCAGAAGUCCGUCUAUUCAAUCCACGACUUCUAUCGAUCGUCGUAGAGACCGUGAAUAUGUUCAACCUGACUACUAUACGGCCUACCAGCCAACAUCGCAUCACAGACCAGUCCCUCCUCCUGAAGUCUUUAAAGAAAGAAUUGACGACGAGUAUUACUUGGACAGAACGACUACAAGAGAAUCACCUUACUACACUCGUCGUACAAGGUCACGAAGCAGGCGGCGGCAUUCUAGAUCCAGGUCUCGCACUCGCACUCGACGUCGAUACACUAGGUCCCGUAGUUCAAGUUAUGACAGAGUGCCUAAUCAUUAUAGCUAUGAAGCUUUCGCGUCAUAAUAAAGAUUCUCUGCCAUUAGAAAAUACCAUUGGCUCAAACUCAGGCUAUUCCGAAAAAGAAAAUCAAUUGCGUCCAUUGCAAUCGUAUAAAGGUUUGACUAUAAAACGCCCUGAAGUUGAUAGGAUACUGCGAUCUCAUUAUACAGGAGACGGUAUCAUGGGAGGGAUGCAUUCUGUUGAGUUCACCGUAGCUCCUGGGCAAGCUGCAUCUGCCGGGAGAUCUCCUGUACCACUUUUCAAUUGGGUUCGAUUUGAGGAUGCGUCUAUGGACUUCGAUGGCUUCCUAAAUGGAAUACUGAGUCUUGACGGACUGAAAGAAGGCGAAAGAAUUGGAAUUUCUAAAUUACUAGACCGCGUGAAAAGAAGGUAUGACAAAACACUGCAGGUUUCUGGCCGCGCAAAAGUCAAGCGUAUGAUUCCAAAGCUUCUACAAGAACCACUACGAGAUGAAACUCCCUCCGCGUCAUCUAAAGCAAGGAAACUUACAUGGAUUUGUCUACCGUAUUUUUGUCUCCAAAAAUAUACUCCGUCAAAUGUGCAGCCAUCAUCACACCCCCCACUCACUUUGAUGCAAACACGUCAAUCUAUGACACCAAAAGAGCGGGAUCUGAGACAGGCCGACUUUGUAAAACAUUUCUUCGAACUAUGGCCAAUUGGACUUGGAUUCGAGUUUUCGUACGGCGGUAAAACCAUCACCUCAAAAGAUUGGCCAAAGAUAUUCAAGCAAGCGCAAAGCUCAAGAGCUGCAGCGGGUAUUUUGAACUCACCAAGAGGUUCGGUUGUGGGACUUAGUCAGAGUGGGAGCCAGAACUCUGAAAAAGAUGGCCCUGAUACUUCUAUGGCAACCAAAAAAGCUGUUUCGCAUGAAUUCCACGUGUUCAACUGGAUGAAUACACAAAUCGAAAUGCCCACUAGUGCAAAGACCCCCAAAGACUCGACAGCCUCUAAUCUCGUCGCAGGUGUCAACGAAAUUUUACUGCAUGAUGACCUAAAGGAGAUCGAUGACUACCUUAUGCAGAAAACUAAUAUUAGCGAGCGACUUACCUACAGGGCUUGCCCAAGUCAUACAAGAAAGCAAUUUUAUGAUAUUUUGCAUGAGGUUGAAAGUAAAAUUCAGGCCGACCAAUCACUAAGGGCGACAUAUGAAUUACAGGUGGAACUCGCCAAUGCUGCAGAUACUCUAUUUGAGUUCUUUCUACCACCACAAGAAUCAGGCCCUACCACUGAAAAGUAUUGGGGUCCAUUAUAUGAGAUAAUUAUAGCAAUGCUUCCAUAUGGUCUAAUCCAGUUGGAUGGGUCUUCAAAAAAGGAUGAUUCUAACACGGCGCCACAUAUGCUUUCUGAAAGAGCUUUGAGUAUAGAUACAAGAGAUGUCAAGGACAUUGUAGAGUGGAUGGAGCUCAUAGGAAGACGAACGGAGCCAUUCAAGGAGCUCCUAUCUGAAGUACCAAUUGCGGCACGAUGCGAAAUCAAUAUCUCCGAGAAGUUACCUCGAGCAUGGUUACAUCUUCUCAUGGCAUUGGCUUUUACAAAAGACAUGGCCGGUCCAUGGCUCACGCACAUGAAUCUAUGUAUAGAGCUCAAAAAUGAAGGCAUGAGGGAAACUAUCCAGAAUCUAUCGAAAUAUCAGCUUUCGGACUACGUCGUUUUUUCCCCAUUCGAUUUGGUUUCCCUCAUAAGUUCCCAGCUUUCACAAGAUUUAACAGGCUCAUGUCCAGAUAUCUGCGAGACCUACAUAGACUACAUGACAUCUCUGGAAUUUGAUAUCGAGGCAGAUCCAAUCAACCGAGAACACCAAGGUAAAAUAACUGAUCUCAAACAAGAAAUUUCUGUUAUUCUAGAAACGCUAGAAACUCAAAGAGAAGUCCUCAACGACGCUCAGUACUCUCAAUCGCGGCAGAAUAUUGAAAUUGACAGAGUGAACCGAGUUUCUCCCGCACCUAAAUACGAGUAUAAAACAUCAACAUUUGUUGAACCUCGUACCACGAAUCACAUGGGUUAUGAGCGAACGGGUCAUUAUAAAGAAAAAUACGAAGAUUUGGAGGCUAAAAUCUCAGGUCCUGAAAUGGAUCGGUUACCUUCCAAUAAUCCCCGUGGAGUACAAGGACUCCUCUUUCGUGAAAGUCUAGCGCUCAUCGAAGAACGUAUCGAAGUAUUCCGGGAUAUCAAUGAUCGUGCUAAUUAUCUCGAGAAUUGGAACCUUCGCAGCAUCGACACAAACAAAGACAGACAAGAAACUGCCGUCUACGCCUUCACAAUCGUAACUAUCAUCUUCCUUCCCCUCAGCACCGUCGCAUCUAUCCUGGGCAUGAAUACCAACGACGUACGCAAUAUGGAUCUCACGCAAUGGAUUUUCUGGGUGAUUGCAAUUCCCCUAACAAUAAUCAUCAUAGCUUUAGUAUUAAUAUGGUCUGAUGAAUGGUAUAAUUUCUGGAGCGGAUUCAGUAAUCUCUGGGGAAAGAAAGCGAAAACAAAACGUAAAUAUGUACGCCUCCCGGAGGAAUAUCCAAGGAUUGAGGGAAGAAGCGGACUAGGAUUGGAUAUGGUGCCGUCGGCUAGAGUAAGUGAGAUUUACCCUGAGGCCAGGAGAUUAAGGAGAUCGCAUACAUUAUUUGGAGGCGGGGAGUACGGAAAGGAAGAUUAUUAG